CGGAAAUUCAAGUUGGUUGCUAUGGCAUCUGUCUGGUUAAAACAUCUUUUAAUAAGGACGUUACAAAAUGUCUAGACUCUAAUUGUAGCUAUUUUUAACAAAACAUCAUAACUGACUAGUCCUUUUUGUCAUUAAAGGAGAAGAAUGACAAAGAGAGUAUUUAAAACCAUACUUUUAUAUGUAUUGAAAAUAACUUCAUAAAUCAUGAAUCAAAGUUUAUUAGAGAAAUUUGUACAUAACUAUGAGUUAAAAUUAAAAGAGGUAUAUAGAAACUGUGAUACAUAUCGCCUUACUGAGUAUAAUGCAGCAGUCAAAAUCCAAGCAUGGUUUCGUGGUAUUCGAAUACGGUGCUACUUAAAACUUAUCGAAAAAUGUACAAUCAUCAUUCAAAAAACUUGGAGAGGCUAUGUAGGCCGUAAACAAUAUCGACUUAUAUUAUCUAAAACUGUUAUAGAAUAUCGACGAAAUAAAUUUAGUAAGGCUGCAGCAAAAAUUCAAAGUGCAUGGAAAGGUUAUUUAACCCGUAAAUAUAUAUUCAACUUUUAUUCACGUAAAGUUUAUCUAUCUGCACUAGUUGAUGUAGGAGAAUUUGUCAAGAAUCAAUUGUCUGAAUAUGAAAAAGAAAUGAAAUAUGUGAAAUGUAAAGAAAAGCAAGAAAAAGAACGAGACAGAAUAAUUAAUUGGGCAAAAUCACAUCAUUUUCUGGUUUCAACAUGUUGUCAACCAGGAAUAUAUCAAAAUCCAAUGGAUAAAACAAUAAAUGACAAAGAAAAACUUCUAUUAUCAGUAGUUCGUCAAGAAUUAAGUAAAACUAACAAUAAACAAAAAAAGAAAUCAUCAAUAGAACAAACAUUGAAUCAAAUGAAUUCAAUGAAUAAAGAAUUGCCAAAAAUUAAAGGUCCAUUUAAAAAUCCAGAUGAAGUGAAAAAAUGGAUAAAUAAACCAAUAAAUUUAUCAUUACGUGUAUCAACAGAUUAUUUUUCAUUAGAAAAAUCUCAACAAAUUUGGAAAUCUAAAGAAUGGAGUAAUAGAUUACAUGAUGAUAAUUUCUACACUGGUCAUCCACCAUCAAUACCAUAUGAACGUUCAUUAUGGACAACAUCUGUGUACGGUUCAAUACCAUAUGGUACAAAACAUUUUCGUGCAUCAGAAGAUGAAAAUAAUUCAGCAAUACAUAAACAACCAAAAUUUCGUAAUAUAUUACCACCGAUUCCAUUAUUUGAUAAAUUUAAUAGAGAGUAUAUACCAGGUUAUGCAACAGGAUGAUUAUAUAAAAGUAUGUGUAAUAGCAGUCUUUGAUAUGAACUAAUCAAUUGAAGUUUCCUUUAGAAAAAAAUAAUAAAAUGAUUGAAAUUCCAA